ACCAGGUUGAAGAAGGUCGGUUGUCGUGACCCACAUAGUGUUGAGAUUUCAGUGACUCUGUGACUCAUUUCUUACGGGCUUAACGUACUUCUCGGAGCCUCGCGGUGCUCUGGCCGAGAUGGACGGCGCUGGUCUAGUUUACCAGCAGAUGGUGCACGCUUUUACCGACGCCUACGCUAACGCCCUGUGCGCCGCCGCCCGCCCACGCCCGACAGCGACUACGGAUCGCUCAGCCCCGCGUCGUCGCCGCCUCCAAGUCCUACCAGAGUCUGCCUGUCGACAGCGACUAAGCCCCCGGGAGCCUCCGACGCCUGGGCGCCCUUCACGAUGGCCCAGCAGGGACAGCAGGCGUCCGCCCCCGCCGUCUCCCCUUCCACCUACGCUGCAUACCCAGAUUACGCCCAGCUCUAUGCCACGUCGGGACUUAUGUACAGCAAACACAGCGGCGGCAGUCCUCCUCACAAGGGCGCCUCGUCCUCCGCGCCCCAAAGCGCGCCUCAUCACCAGCAGCACAAGGUCGACCUCCACAGAUCCUCCUCGGCGUUCCAGGCGAGUCCGAGCCCCCUGUCAGCCAUGAAGGCCCCGCCGUCGCCGCUCGUGUCCAUCGAGAACAAGCGGGAGCAGCAGCGCCUGGGAGUGCCCGCCGCCGCCGCGACGCCCUCCUCCAAGACGACCAGGACCUCCCGCUCCAGCAGCGGCGUGCGGUGCGGCGCCAGGAAGCAGCGGACGGGCCGCGAGGUGACGGACGGCGUGCGGAAGAAGCGCCGACUCGCCGCCAACGCCCGCGAGCGCCGCCGGAUGGACAACCUCAACCAGGCCUUCGACCGCCUUCGGUCCGUCCUCCCGCAGCUGUGCGACGAUCAGAAGCUCUCGAAGUACGAUACCCUGCAGAUGGCGCAGACCUACAUCACGACGCUGGCCGAGCUCAUCUAGCCCACGGGCCGACCCGUCGAGGCCCAGAGAGGUGCGCCCCUCCCCCACGCCCCCGCGGUCCGCUUGCUCACGCGUCGAGUGAUUGCAGGACCGAUUCCUCGGAAAGGUCUUGCAAGAGGCACGCGAUCCCCUUCCCGCCUCGGAGCGCCACGCUCGGAUCAGUUGGAGCGACGGCCCUGAACGACGACGGUUCCUCGUAAUACUUGAGGGUUUAAGUAUUUCUCCUUGACUUUUGUCUUGCAGCGGGAAUUGCCCUUUCCCGCUGCCGCGAAGGAACGUCUCUGUUUCAGUGGCAGACUCCAGCGCUGCAUUACUUGAUCUCUCAAAAUAAGGCAAGGAGACAGGGAACAACCAAAAAAACAACAAAAGGACAGAUAAGUUUACAAGUGCAAUAGAACCAUCAAGAACAGAGAACGAAAGAAAAAAAUAGAUGGACACAAAAAAGACAAAUGAAAGAAGAAUUAAAAGACACACUAAUGCUAUGAAAUAUCACGUUGACAUUAUUUGAGAGUUUGUACAAACGAUGGACACAGUAGAUGAAAAUCCCAGUGUUUUGUAACUAUGCAUAGAUGGCUACUGUUCGUUUACCUUGAUUGUUAACUCUGCUUUGUGCCAAACUGUAUAAAUGCCCCCCCCCCACCGACACCAGCUGCUUCUUCUGCAAUAGCUCUCAUAUACAUUAUACCCGAUUCAAAGAUGUUACAGUAUUAAUGGAUAAUGUAAAAAAUAUAUAUGUCUAGUCAUUAUCAUUCUCUUUUUUAUGUGUAUGUAUCUUCAUGUACAUUCUAGGUUAAGGAAUAAUAAAAGAGA